AUGUCAAGCCCUGGGCAUGCACCUGCCAAUGUCUUUACAUACCCCUUUACUGACCAGGCGUCCCAUCGAACGUCCCGAGCACUCCUCAAUACUUACCUGACACCCGAUUGGCCAAUUUUGAAGACAUCAAGCACUUCUUCCUCAAAAUCCUGUGAUAGUACGGUAUCAACUGCAGAUAGCACAUUUUCCAUCAGAUCUUCUGGACGGGACUUGUCGCCAUCAACCCCACCAGAUGAUCUGGAAGAGUCGAGUAAUCAAAUCCGAAAAAUACGGUUUCGAAAUUUGUCUAUUUCACCUACGAGAGCUCCUCCAAGGAAACCAAGAGUUACUUCUCAAGUAAUAGCUUUCCAGCCCAAAGCCGAUGAAUAUCAAAAUCAGAUCGAAAGUCAAAACAACUAUGACCUCGAUGACCUUGACGAUCAAGAUGAAGUGGAAUUAAAGAUACCUGGAGCUUUCAAUGCUUUUCCAGAACAAUUCUUUGUUCACAGGAAUAGGAAAUUGGAGGUGGAUAAUACCGUCAAUUCCAAGCCCGUCCAGUAUCCUAUCUUACCAGUGGUAGAGCCCCAACAUCCAAAAUUUGCUUCUUACGGGUCCGCCCACAAAAGUGCCCGAGAAAUAAAUCACUCCAUUCGAUCGCUUCUCCAGAAACCUCUCAAGCCUCAGUCUGAUCUUUCCCCCGGCUACAUUUAUGCCUUCGAAUCUCCCAGCUGCGCCCCUUCCCACAUAAAGAUCGGUCGAUCGAGCCGAGCUCCUGAAACUCGCAUGCGUGAAUGGUCGAAGUGUGGAAUGCCAAUUACCAAAGUCCCCAAAUCCACAUCUCAUAUGGUAUCUGAAUCAUCCGACAGCAGUGGCAAGGAUGCUUUCUAUCAUUACACUUUGGUCGAAUCCAUCCUCUUCGAAGAAUUUCAUAACCAGCGAAAAUGGUUUGAGUGCGGCAUCUGCAGGAACAGCCAACGCGGACCUAGAAGGCAUGUAGAAUGGCUGGAGAUCGAUGCGUUAACUGCAACCCAUGCAAUUGACCGUUGGCGUACCUGGCUAGAAAGGCAAAAACCUUUCACAUCAUCGGGUAAGCUGACGGCUUUCUGGCAAUGGAAAGUCGAUGAGUUACCGAAAAGGUCAUCGAAUAUGAAUUGGGAUAAUUGGACACAGUCUGAGGCGUUGGAGCAUUGUGAUUUUUGGUUGGAACAGUUUUCAUUCUAUACUUCGAAGCUGAAACCACAUAUUAUGAGGAAGGAUAAGCAAUUUUGGACAACGGGAUGCCUUUUCGUCGUUGUUUCGUCUUUGUUGUAUGGCCCAGAGUGUACACUCUUCUUCACAAUAGUAUUGUUAGCUCUGUGA